GGGAAAAUCUGACACAGGAUCUCAAUUUACCUAAACCAUUUAAAUUGCGGGAAAAUUGAAGUGGUUAGGCCAAGUGUAAGAUGAGCACAGAGCCCUGUAUAUACUUUAACUCUCCCACGGGGUGCUGGUAUGGUGAUCGAUGUAGGUACUCGCACAUCAAGGGUGUAGCGCCAAAGUGUCGCUUCUACAGUGGACCAGGAACUUGUAGAAAUGGAAGUGAUUGCUAUUUUAGACAUGCUGAUCCUGAAUGUCCAAGAAAAGUCAUCCAAACAGUGGGGGUAUCGGAAGUUGAUGGAGACAUUGCUUCUGCCCUACAGACUUUAUCAGUGAAAUUUGACGAUACAAAGUCACCAGACAAAACUGCAGGUACAGAUGUCGAACAAAACCCAUCUCCUGUAGGAGAUACAAGAAAGGUCAUCUGCAAGGAGAAGUAUUUGUCUGUAAAGAUUGACGUAUCUGGUCAGAAAAAUUACAAGAAUGCAGAUUGCAGUGAUGAAACUUCAGCCUCUUUCUCCAAGGACCCUUCUGAAUUGAAGCCAGUGGCAGACCAGGAGGAUGAGAAGCCGGUGACAGACAAGGAGGGUGAAUCUAACAAGACAGACCGAAGUGGACUAGUUAAAUGUGGAGAGUGUGGUAAACUUAUUCACAUGAAAGUUUUGCCAGUAAUUCCAAAAGACAUUAAAGAUGGCAUCACAGAUGAUGAUCAUUUUACUGACUCCGAUGAGGUUGAUGACAAGGCAUCUGAUGUCAGCAGUGGCAGCACGUAUGAAUAUGAUGAAUUGGAGCAGCAUUAUAAAGACAUGCUUCUCAGCAUGAAUAAGGAGCACCUGAAUUUCUUGCAGCAUGACCCACGCUUCCAUCAGGAUACAUUUUGUAGUGUGUGUGGUCGGGUUUUCGGGAAAACUCGUCAUCUCCUUCAGCACGUAACUGACAAGGUCAAGUCGGAGGAUGAUGAGGAGGAUCAUAAAGAACUCCUGCAUGAGCUGGUUAUGGCUUUUACAACACGUGACAUGGGUCUUGAUGAUAACAAAGAAUGUAUGGAGACUCUGCUUCUGCACCUGGUGGCUUCCUAUACAGGCGACAGUGACUCGUCCUCCAACAAUUCAAACCAAGGUUUGAGCAAUUUCCUAAGAAUGCUGACUCUGAAAAAGCACCUGUGUGAUUCGGAUGACUUGGACUAUAUGUGUAAUCCCUGGGGAUAUGACGAGGAUGAUAUGUUUGAGUUGGCUUGUCAAGGGAUCAAACCCUGGGAUCCCGAAGCGGGAAUGGCUCUAGCUUAUCUCAAUGGGGAAAUUGACUUUUAAGGAUAAUGGACAGUGUGCAAUGAAGAUGUUAUUUCACAUUUAAUUAUGUUUUCAAUUGUUUCAGUGAAUUCACUUCACCUGCAAUAUUUGUUACGUGAUUGUCGUCCAGAAUCAUAUUUUUUUCAUGUUGAUGAUUUUCUUCCUUGUCAAGUAUUCUUGUUUGCAGGCAACUGGUAUAUAUUCAAAAUAUUUUUGUACAAAAUAUAUAUUAAUCAUAUUUCUUUUGAAAACUUUUUUGUUGUUGAAAACUGAUCACUCUUCUGCUACAUGUACUUGUGUAUAUAUAUUGUUUUUGGUUUAUACAAAUAUAGAUUUUGCAUACACCAUA